AUUAGUCAACGAGUAACAAUGAAGGAUAGUAAAAUAGCUACUGCUCGAAUACUAUUUAUAUUUCUGUUAAGACAAGUUUCACCUAUAAUUAUAGAAGAUGAGACGAGAUUCGAUUUAGAAUAUGCGGCAUUGAAAACUAACGAUGAAGAUUUCUUCAAUUCAACACCUUUCACCGAAAGUCAAGAACUCAGAUGUGACACUUGUAAAGCUAUCUCAUUCGCGCUCUUUACAGAGAUUCAUAAUGCUUGUAAUGAUUUUCGUGAUCUUGAAAAUUUUAUUUUCAAAUGCCAGUCAUUAUUAAACAUUCAAGAUAGAAGCAGAAAAAAAAACUCUUUUGUUAGUUACUCAAGAAUUAAAAUUAAUAGAACUUUGAGAUUGAUUGGACCGGGUCUUGAUAUCGAUGAAAAACUUCAUGAAGUGGCUAAAGAAAACUGGGAUGAUCGAUUGAAAAAUAGUUUAAACUAUCUUAUAGAUGAUAUAGGGGAAGAAGAGUUGUUAAAUCAAUGGAAAAAUUCUGAAUCUAUUGAGGAUUUUCAACAGAUUCUCUGUUUUGGAGUUGGCUAUAGAGGACCAUGUCGGCUAUUGGAUAGUAGAUUUAUUAAAGGAAAAGACAUAGAAUAUUCAUAUUUAGUUACAAGAUAG